AUGUCCUCAUCUCAACCAUUCAUUACAUCCUCACCGAUCGUGGCAGGACCACGCAGGAAGUCCAAAUUUACCUUCAAACACCUGAGUCUCCUCAGCCAGUCCUCUACAUCCUGUCCUCUCCGAGUGGUGGCACAUAUUGACCUCGAUGCCUUCUACGCGCAAUGUGAGAUGAUCCGGCUGGGAGUUGCGGAAGAUCAGCCGCUGGCCGUCCAACAAUGGCAAGGACUGAUCGCAGUCAAUUAUCCUGCUCGGUCGUUUGGACUCAAUCGUUUCAUCGCCAUUCCGGAAGCAAAGAAGCUAUGUCCGCAGUUGAUCAUGCAACAUGUAGCUACGUGGAGGGAGGGAGAUGAUAAAUGGGCAUACAGGCCAGACAGCUCUAAGAGCAUCAAUACAGACAAAGUGUCCCUGGAUCCAUAUCGCCUGCAGUCAAGGCGAAUCCUGGCAAUGAUUAAGGAGACACUCCCUCCUGCGCCACUCCAGAAGGUAGAGAAAGCAAGCAUAGAUGAGGUGUUUCUUGACCUAUCUGAACACGUUCACUCCAUACUGCUGGAAAGGUAUCCUGAGCUCGCGGGUCCUCCUCCGUAUGAUGAUCCUUUGGAGAACCUCCCUCAACCCCCUUCAACGGUCCUAGACUGGAAAGCGGAUGCUCUGGUUGACCUUGACUCCUCGCAGACAGAAGACGACGAUCCUGACUGGGAUGAUAUCGUUAUGCUGAUUGGCUCGGAAAUCGUACGAGAUGUACGCAAAGCCAUUCGGGAAAAGCUAAAAUAUACCUGUUCAGCCGGCAUCGCCAGAAACAAGAUGAUGGCAAAACUGGGUAGUGGUUACAAAAAGCCCAAUUCGCAGACUGUCGUGCGCAAUCGAGCUGUUCAGCACUUUCUUUCAGAUUUCAAAUUCACCAAGAUCCGCAAUCUGGGCGGUAAGCUCGGUGAGCAGGUGGUCUCGGCUUUUGGAACGGAUCAGUUGACGGAAUUACUGACGGUUUCCCUGGACCAACUAAAAGCAAAGGUAGGAGAUGAUACUGGUACAUGGCUUUACGGGGUUAUACGUGGGGAAGACACGAGCGAGAUCAACCCUCGAACUCAGAUCAAAUCAAUGCUAUCCGCAAAAUCUUUUCGACCAAGUAUCAACUCAACCGAUCAGGCUGAAAAGUGGCUGCGUAUCUUCGUCGCAGAUAUCUAUGCCCGCCUGGUUGAGGAGGGUGUGGUAGAGAACAAACGACGACCAAAAACAGUGAACCUCCAUCAUCGGCAAGGAGGGCAAACGAGAUCGAAGCAACUCCCCAUUCCAUCAGGUCGAAGGAUCGAUGAGGGGUCGUUGUUGGAUCUGGCUAAGACGCUGCUCGGGCAAGUGAUAGUCGACGGUCGUGCGUGGCCUUGUGCCAAUUUGUCCUUGAGUGUCGGAGGAUUCGAAGAUGGUGUCACUGGCAAUCGAGGCAUUGGCGGCUUUCUAGUUCGCGGCGACGAAGCCAAGACAGUCAACUCUGCCCAGCGUUUGCAGAAUGGCCAUGAUUCUACUGACGAAGAAUUUGGACCGCGCAAAAGGCGCAAAGUUGCAGACGACCCAAACAUUCGGCGAUUUUUCAGCAAGUCUGAAAGCACAGGAGAAUAUGAAGACUUCGAUGCAGACAGCGGCUUUCAAACCCCCGAGCAUAAUGACGCGACAGAUCCUGGACAUCAGCAGUCGUCAAAACCCGAGCAAGACGAUCGACCCAAAGAACAGGAGCUUCACCAACAGCAACUGGAAACGUACUUUUGUAAAGCCUGUCAAAAGUCUAUUCCUAGAAUCGAAGAAGCCGAGCAUCAAGAUUGGCAUUUUGCCAAAGAUCUCGAGAAUGAAGAUCGACAUCAAACAGGUUCUGACACGAUUGCUCGUCCAAACAGCCACAGUGUGGUCAGGUCGAAGCGCGGUGGCAGCGGCACAAUGCGGCCAGGGCGAGGAGGAAAGCCUCAGACAGGUCAGAAGAAGCUGGCCUUUAGCUGA